CGUAUUUUGUAUGUGAAUUACUUCGAAUUUGAUGGAUGGGAUGUAAAACCUCCUCCAAUUCUAUAAUGACCCACAAAUGCUCAAUUUCCAUUUUUCAUAAUUGUGCAUACAAACAUUAAUACGCUCAGGGAUAGGCCAUAGAAACACACAUAAGCAAACUGUGUACAAUUAAUUUUAUUCUCAUUUAUUGACUUUUCCUAUAUAAAACUCAAACUCACAUGAAGGCGACAAUUUUCGUAGCCGUAUAGAUAGUUUAAAUUUUCGUACAUAAAAUGAUCCUAAUUUAAUUUUGGUCUGGAAAAAAUAUUGUGUCAAAAACGGAAACGUUAUUUGUCAAAUCCAGACAAGCUGGUCAAUUUUAUUUGGCUCAGCCCGCGGGAUGGCAGGAAGUUGCUGCCAUGUUUAGCUGGCUGCUUUGUUGAGGAUUCCUUCUUGGUUUCCUGCAGGUUUUAGCAUAAGAGUUGCAAUGGAACCGAGCUGGAGUACGUUUUUAUUUCAACAGGCCAAUGAGGCGCUCCACCACCAGCACCAAUUAGCCGGGAACAGCCUCUUGCCUUUGCUGACUUCUGGAACGGAGCCGCCUGAUCAGAAACCAGUGCUGCCCAUAGUGUUGGACCAGAAACCACCAGUCAGUGCUGCAGAACUGCUGAAAGACAAUGUGGCCAGCGGGACUGGUGGAGGAGGUGGUGGAGGACCUCCACUUGCUGUGGUCAAAAAAGAGCCUAAAUCCAAGACACCAUUCAUUUGCGGCUAUUGCAACAAGGCUUUCCGGGACAGCUACCACCUGCGGCGGCACGAGUCAUGCCACACCGGCAUUAAGAUGGUUUCGCGGCCUAAGAAGACACAACCAGCCCCCACCAUGGUGCCAAUCAUAUCCACUGUACCUCGUGAUAACAGUGGAAACCCGUCAUACAUUACUACUGUAGCUGGUAUUUUGACAACAGCCACCACAUCAACAGCAACGGGCACAAGUAUCAUGACCCCGAUGCAACACCAACAGCAGCAGAACAUCCCCAAGAAACCCCCAAAACCUGUGAAAAAGAAUCACGGCUGUGAAAUGUGCGGCAAGGCUUUCAGGGAUGUCUAUCACCUGAAUCGCCACAAGUUGUCGCACUCUGAUGAGAAGCCGUUUGAGUGUCCCAUCUGUCAUCAGAGGUUCAAAAGGAAGGAUCGAAUGACGUAUCAUGCGCGCUCCCAUGACGGCGGGGUUCACAAGCCUUAUAUUUGUUCUGUUUGUGGGAAAGGAUUCUCCAGGCCUGAUCACCUCAGCUGUCAUGUCAAGCAUGUCCAUUCCUCAGAGAGGCCUUUCAAGUGCCAAGUAACGGCCUGUACAUCUGCUUUCGCUACCAAAGACCGUCUUCGCUCUCACAUGAUCAGACAUGAAGGCAAAGUCACCUGUAACAUUUGUGGCAAAAUGCUAAGUGCUGCCUACAUCACAAGUCACCUCAAGACUCAUGGUCAGCCCAGCUUCAGCAACCAAUGUAACAAUAAAGGCAUAAAUGACUGGCAGUGGAACCACUCAGGGCCACGAAAAGGUGAUUUGACGGUAGGAGAGAUUUUAAAUAACUCCUUCCAAGUCCUAAUUGACAACUCCCACAAAGAUGCCAACAACGUACACACCAAUUCCGCCGCGACCACGCCUGUCACCAACUCUGCAGCCAUCACCUCGGCCAUGAACCGCGGCGGCAGUGCCAACAAUCCAGUCACCAUUGCUGCUCAGAUGAACAUCACCACCAGCACAGUCAACAUAACAAACCCCGUCAACCUGCAGCACCCUGUCACCAUCACGGGCCCUGUGAACCUCGCCUCCGUCAACAUCCCCACGACAGCCCACAUGAAUAUCGCCCACCCCGUGGCCAUCACCACACCAAUGCCCAUGAAUAUCACCGGCCCGUUGAACAUUGCAAUGAGGCCCAUGGAGAGCAUGCCUUUUCUAUCCCAAGUUCUGCCAUCGUCACCUCCUUGGUAGAGUUUGUUUUCUCGCCGCUGAGUUAACUGUUGAGAAUGUAACUGCUUAACAAUAGAUGAACCUGUCUAAUUUUGGUAUCAUAGCAGUCUCAGUGGAUGGGCCCUAUCUUAAACACUUAAGUUGGCAUACCAUCCUAAAUAAUGCAACAGCACCCUACAACCCACAUGGAUUUCAAAUUGCACGAAUCAGUACUAAAAUGAAUUUGUAUUUAUGAGAGGGAAAUGCUUGGAAAAACUCUUAAUCGUUAAGUUUUAAACUCCUUGAUCGACAUACUGUAUCUGACAAAUGAAUUCAUCAUAUUGAUGCAAAAUGACAUACUUUGUAAGUCAAAAAUUACCUCCAAAGCCGUCCCUCUAAAAUUUUAAAACAAAACAACACCUCUCUCUGACAAGGAAAAUCAGCAAGGAGUGUUAAGACUUUCCAGACCUCUGUCUUGAAAAUGGACAAACAGAAGAUCAACAUUGCCUGGUGUCUAAUUUAAGUGAUCCCACUCCUUGUAUUAUAUAUAUAUAUAUAUAUGUAAGCAAGCGUUUAUGCCAAAGAUUUUCCAAGCAACACGCUUCCCUAUUGAAAAGAUUGGGGAUCCCAAAUAUGUUUCAAUUAACUACCUGAUCGAGGCCUCACUUUGGAAGCUCUUCCAGGCAGUUUGUUUUAAUUAUGCACCAUAUAUUUUAACCUAUGCUACCGUCGUUGCUUCUAUCAUGAAAAACCUUGAUUAUGAUGAAGAUGGGAGGUUGUGUAAAACGUAAAUAAAAAUAGAAAACAUUGAUUUGGAAAUCCUAUUCUACAUAUAGCCAAUCGAAUAGACAACAAAGACAAGAUAUUUAACGAUCAAACUGAUAAACGUUCCCCACAUGCCCAACUUAUUUUGAAUUUGAUGCCUGCAACGAAAAGUUCACUGGGGCAUGUUUGCCCCUGUGUGACAUCACUUCCUUUGAAGAACACUCAAGUGAGAACUGAGGACACUAAUUGUUGAAGCUUUAUAGAUGGAAUUCUUUUCCAUUCUUGGUUGAUGCACAGCUUGAGUUGCUCAACAGUCCGGGAUCUCCGUUUUCAUAUUUUGCGCUUCAUAACGUGCCAGACAUUUUCAAUGGGAGACAGGUCUGGACUGCUGACAGGCAAGCCGAGUACUCGCACGCUUAUUACGAAGCCACGCUGUUGUAACACAUGCAAAACGUGUCUUGGAAUUGUCUUGCUGAAAUAUGCUGGAAAGUCUCUCAAAAAUACAUUGCUUAGAUGACAACAUAUGUUACUCCAAACCCGAGAUGUACCUCCCAGCUAUGAUUACUGAUGUUUGCUUUUGAACUUUGCGCUGAGUCCAAAUGAUCUUUUUCCUCUUUCGCCUUGCAUCGUAGACUUUUAACUUGCAUUUGCACAUCUAGUGACUCACCGUUCAACAAUUUAACUGACAAACGGUUUUCUGAAGUGUUUGUGAGCCCAUUUGGCAAUAUCCUAUUGUGGCAAUGGUUUUUAAUGCAGUGCCACCUCACAGAUUUUGAUCACCGGCAUCCAGUUUUGGUUUUUGACCUUCCCACUUACGUGCAUAGAUUUCUCCAGAUUGUAGAUGAUUAAAACACUAAAUUCCUUGCAAUUGUACGUUGAGAGACGUUAGCCCUUGUUGACUAAUGUGCAUCCAUAAUGUCGUACUUCAUUUUAUGCUUCGCUGCAAACAAAUUUAGAACAUCCUCAGAUCAUGCAUGCCCACUAAGAGUGACGAACCAAUCGUUUCGGGGAUGCUCCUUUUAUACCCAAUGGCACUCGUCGAUCUUGUUCCAAACAUUUUUUUUUCCCUUAAUUGUUAUUUAAGCAUUGCUCAACUUUCCUAGUUUUGUGUCCCCCACCCCAGCUUUUUGGGAGCGUGUUGAUCAAAUUCAAUCAAAGUCAAAAUGAGAGAGGAGAAUCAUGGAAAAAAAAACUUCAUCAGUUUCAGCAUUAAAUAUCUUGCCCUUGUGUUGUAUUCAAUUGAAUAUAGGUUGAAAAGGAUUUCAAAAUCGUAUUCUCUUUUUAUUUACAUUUUACACGAUGACCCAGCUUCAUUGGAAUUGGGAUGUGUAGCUAACAACUUUAGCUCAAAAUUGUAUAUUGCUCCGUUUUAGGUCAGACUGUUUUCAAACAGAUAUUCACUAGUUAUGAGCGUUAAUAUUAAAAGUUGUAUCACCAAUCAUUACAUUGUCAGCAGUUACACUUCCCACCAUAAUUUUGCUUUUCAAACUUUUUCGUUUUGAAGAGAGAUGUGGUUGUUAAUUGGCUCAUUGCAGCUGCUUCACGAGCAAGCGCAUGGGAAAGAUUUGCUACGUGCUGGGCAUUUGAUGUCAACAAUGUGACACCUUACUACAACAAAUCUUCCACCCGGGUGUGUUGCCACCAGAGGGUGUGAAAAAUGCUUCCUAAUUAGAAUGAGUUUGUUUAUAGAUAUGAUAUUGAAAUAUUUUAGAAGGCUAAUCAGUAUUUAAUAGUUUCUGUAUUUUAAAGGUUUCGUUUAGGAGGUCGGUGUUGAGCAAUAUUUCGGAUUGCGUUGAUGUUUCCGAGGCUGCCUCGAACAAUUCUUGUAAAUCAACUCCUCCCGUGGUGGUAUUUUUAAAUGGCUGGAAACUGGUCACGUGUCAUCACUGCUGGAUACUCUUCACGCUUUUGUGAUGUCAUCAAUUUUGGAUUCUUUUAAGUAUUUAUAUGAGGACAUGACAGUUAACGGUACAAAAAGAAGGGAGGUUUAUUAUUUUUUUUUUUUAACUGAAAUCAGAGGGUUUGCCCUUAAGACAGUAUUAUCAAAGGUCAAAUGGAAAGAUUCCAAUGUUUUUUUUUUUUGUUGUUUUUUUUUUUGGUAGAGGUCAAUAGAUUUUCUUAGUUGCACAUGGACUGUGCAAGCCAAGCCCAAAGUUGUUGGGUAGAUUAGAAUGUUUACGUUUAGCAAGCAUAGGAUCCCAAUUCUGCAAGUAAAACUCAGAUGACUGAGAUUAGUCUUUUAUAAUAUAUUAAUGACUGGUCUUUUUUAAUUUUUUUGUGUGUGUGUAAAUAUAAAACACUAUUUGGUUGGCUUUUUACCUGUGGAAGUGUCAGUCUGACUUUGCACCACAAGCUACAAUGUAAGAACAAUCUCAGCAUUGAUAUGGCCGUCCAAGAGCAAGAGUGCCAAACAAUGAUCAAUGGAUAAAGCUUUUCUCCACCAAGUGCAUAAAAAUACUGGAUUCUUCAUUUUCAUGUGGCAGGGCUACAACCCCAUUUGGCCAAACAGUCUGCAUGCCACACAUGGUCGAGGUGGUAUCGGUGAUGUCCUAUUUCUAAAAGGAACUCGGU